AUGUCUUCACGAUAUCCCCCAUCGUCAGGGUUUAAUUCCCGGGACCGUUCUCCCCAGCGCUUUGGGGACCGUCGACCCCCUGCAGGACCUCGCGGCGUCGAUGAUACGAAUAUACCCCCAUUAGGGAGGGAACCUCCCCGGGGCCCAAAGGCCCUGAUCGACCAUCCUCGUGGCGCGCCCUUCGGCGGUCGAGGUCGUGGUUAUCCGGGCCGCUCAGACUUUCGGGACCGAGACCGAGACUUGCGAGACCGAGAUCGAGAUCGCGACCGUGACCGUGACCGUGACUUCCGUGAUAUUCGUGAUGGCCCGCCGCCUUACCGUCGCGAUCUGGACCGCGACUGGGGUCGCCGGGACCGAGAUUUUGAUCCCCGAGAAUCACGCAUCGGCUUUGGACGCGGCCGCUCUCGCUCCCCACCGCCCCCGCGUGAUUUUCGUGACAUGAGGGAGCCACUGGGACGUGAUCCCGAUAUAGUUCGAAUGCGACGCGGUUCUCGAGAUAGUUUGAUCUCCGUCUCCUCCAACGCGCCCGAUGUUCCUUCUGGCGCCGGUCAUCACCCUCGCAGCGGACCCAUGCGUGGACGUGGUCGUGGCGACUGGGAGAUGGGCCGCGGCCGCGGUCGAGUCCCCUAUUUGGAUGACCGUGAUUCGUUCCGACGACGUAGUCGGUCUCGCGAUGGCAGAUGGGACCGGGACCGGGUGAUGGACCGAGAUCGUGAUAGAGACCGGAUCAUCGACCGAGAUCGUGACCGAGAUCGGGAGCGUGAUCGCGAUCGGGACCGGCUUCUAGAUAGGGACCGAGAGCUGGACCGCAGGGAUCGAGACCGAGAGCGUGAUAUCGACCGCCGCGAUCGCUUUGACCGUCGUGACGAGUUGGACCGACGUCCCGAACGGGAUGAUCGGGAUCGUCCAGCCGACCAUUGGAAGAGGGACCGACCACCUAGUCGAAAUGAGGGUCGUCUCCCCAGCACGUCGAGUGUCUCUUCAUUACCACCUGCGCCCCCUCUCCCUCCAGUUGCACCACCGGAGAAAGCUCCAGACAAUGCAACCAUUGAGCCAAGUCGCAAGCCUUCUGUCGUGGAAGUUCGACGCGACGCUGAACGGACCGAAGCUCCCCCUGUACCACGCCCAGAACCCCCCAAGGACUUAGCUCCGCCGCUUAAACGAUCCCCCCCUCCAGCAGCCCCGCAGGUGCCUGCAUUUGGCUCCGUCACAGCGCCAAUCCCCGAAUUAUCUUCUGAAAAAACCCCAGCGGACAACACUACGACUGGACCGCCUCCCGCCGCAAAGGCCGAGAAUGAACAAAGAGAAAAGCAUGAACUUCCUGUCCGUGCCCCCAUCGUGCAACUUCCUACGGCACCCAAAGCUGCCCGUGCUGCGUCGCCGCCGCCGGACCACCGCCCCCGACGUGAGGAGGGUCGACGAGACGAACCGAUGGACAUGUCUGUGAAACGAGAUUCGCCUGUACGGACGUCAAGGCCGCCUCCGACAGCACCUGCUAAAGCCCCUCGCCCUCCGGAUCUAUCGCCUCCUACCGCCCCUGCGGCAAUGACCAGCAAGGAUUCCACUCUAUCUCACAUCGAAACAUCUCCGACUAGCAAAUUCAGCCACAGAGUACCAUCUGGAGAACUACGUGGAGGACCCCCCUCGACGGGUCGUGCGCCAUCAACCUCACCUCGUAUGCACCCGUCCAGCAUCCCCACCGGCCCUCGCGCGCUUCAACAACGAUCUCCCGCACCACGUGGACCGCCCAAGGGUAACAAGCAGUGGGUCCGGCCUGGUUACACCCGUCCUCCCCCAGUUCCUGGUGUGCCAGCCCCCCUGAAGCGCGACUCGGUGGAUGGAAAAGAGCGGUCUCUUUCUAUCGACGACGACUAUAAGAAAGAACGCCAAACGUCAGUCGAUGAUAACUUGACCGGCCCGGAGGCGGGAGAGAUACUCCCAGAGAACGAUCUGUCUGAGUCCAAACCGCCAGCUUCGGCUGGCUCGCCCAAGCCGGUCUCUCCCCGCGUCGCCACUCCUCCGAAGAGGCCUGAAGUUGAUACUGCACCGGUCACAUCUAGAGCCGAAAAGGGCGGAGAUAUCAUUCCCGAUUUUGCCCGCUCCAGCGACGAAGAUGAAGACGAAAACUUCAUGUUUACACAGGAAUACUUGGAGGAGCGAAAGCAGAUCUUCGAGAAGGAUAUGCAAGCCCUCCGCGCAGAAAUGCCUCCGUCGCCGUUAGAGGAUCCAACCAUAGUGGCGUUGCUUACCCGGAUUCAACUAUUAGGCAUGGUUGCCAAUGAUCUGCUGCCAGAAAAGGCAGCUCGAUCGCCAGUGGCUGAGAAGGCUGAGUCAAAAGAAGAGGCAUCCUCCGUCGUCGCAUGCAAGUCGGAAAAAGAUGCCGAAGCACACGAACCCACCAUCAAGGAGGCCCUGGAACCCCUCCCGGAGGUCAACAUCAUUUCUGUCGAGAACCUCCCAUUCCUCCAGUCUGGGCCCCCUACACCCCUGUCGGACCUCGAUACCUACCAGGAAAAUCUGGCUACCCAUGAAGCUUUGAAGGAGGCUAUCCGUGGCGAUCUAAUCAAAUGGCGCAAGGAGGUCUCCAAGAAGAAUGCAGUUUUGCGGGAGGAGUAUCUCGCCUACUACAAACCCUGGAGGCUCAACGUGUAUGAGCUCGAUCGCGCAAAGGAGAAAGCUUCCGUCACCCCGGGUCCAGCAACGCCGCCUGCCCCUCCUGUCACAGUCACUCCCAUGUCCACGGCGGAGGCGCGGAGGUACAAGGGAAACAGCGAGCUUGACUUUCAGAACGCCCUACGCGCCUCAGAAAUCUCAGCACAAGAGGAACUUGAGCGACGGCGCGGGAACAAAGCCACUGCGCAGCCAGACCUUUCCCGGGAGGCUGUGAUCCCGGAUAUGUUGGAGCCACGCGAAGUGAAAGCACAGAUAUACAGAGAUACCAACAACAUUGUUGCUGCGGCCGAUGCGGUGGAUGUGUUCGGUUUCAUGCCUCCCCCCAAUGACUUCACUGCAGAGGAGCACGAGAUCUUCACCGACGCCUUCAUGGCAUACCCAAAGAAAUGGGGCAAGAUUGCGGAAGCGCUACCUGGAAGGGACUUCAAGCAAUGCAUUGUCCAUUACUACCUCACGAAGGAAGAGAUCAAAUACAAAGCAAAACUCAACAAGCGCUGGAGUCGUCGUGGCCGUGCCCGGAGAUCGGCUCGACCGAAGUCCAAUGCACUUAUGGCAGAUUUGGGUGUUGUCAAGCCGGAUUACGAAGGCGACGAGGAACCAGCUCCGGUUACGGAUACUGGACGUCCACGUCGUGCAGCCGCUCCUACCUUUGGAGAUUCAUCAGCCAACGAUACGGAAAGCAAUGUCAACGGUCGACGUGGAAAUGCUUCUAAAGAUGGAGAACAGGCGGAAAAACCUACGAGUCGCCGUGGAGCCCGUUCUGGUGCAGGCUCUCGCGGCGGGCGACGCGGAAAGGCUGCCCAGCAGCAGCAACAGCAGCAGACGCCGCAGCCAACGCCAUCAGAACCUACUACGCCGGGCACUGGGGUCAACACACCUGGCGGUCCUACUUUCAAAUCGGAAGUCGCGGAGCCCUCCAUGGAUGGGGCGGUUGAUGUGCGAGCUAGGGACAUUUCUGAGAGAGAACCCCACGAGCCACCACCCCGAGCGAAGCCCGGGAGAGGGCGCCAAAAGGAGGGAAUAUAUGUCUUUGAGUCGACAGAACCAGACACUGCGCCGACCGCUGCCAGACAACCAGAAGUGGGAUAUGGGUCCUUACAGCCUACCAGCUACUGGUCUGUUCCUGAGCAGCGCGAUUUCCCGCAGCUACUGGCUCAUUUUGGUCGCGACUUUGAGGGUAUUUCGAACUUCAUGAAGACAAAGACGACGGUCAUGGUCAAAAACUAUUUUCAGCGACGCAUCGACUCCGGUCAGAAAGACUUUGAAGACAUUGUUGCGGACGCGGAGAAUAAGAAGGCGCGCGGUGAGCGUACUGCCACAUUGCCUAUUCCAAACCCAGCAUCCAAGAGACGCUAUGAAGCUACGCCUUCCUCAAUCAUCAUGCCUCGACCUUUGGCUCCGCAUACCGAUGCGCCCCCCGAGGCAGAUGACAGCCGUGCAGGGCCCAAGAAGCAUGGGGUGCAAGCAGCACAACCGCUCGCUCUGCAUGGUCGCACUCCUUCGGAGAAAGAUCGCUCCGUUUCUCGGUAUCCUCCCCUUGCUCAGGCUAGUGGCCCCUCCAUGCCGUCUGGUGCUCUCCUGGGCGAGGAUCCCUCACGGAUGCAGGCACAGGCGGGAUUGCCGCCGAGAAUGCAAGGCCCGCGUCCUGGCUAUUUCACCGAGGAACGACGCGAUAUGCCUUCAACAGUGCUGUCUCAUGCUGCAGGCCGCGCGCAGGAAACUGCAAUGCCUGCACGCCAAGCAUCGAUUCCGGCGUCGGAGAUGGCUCGCAUGGACGCUCUGCAUGCGCAGACUUUCCGGACGUCAGCUGUCGAUCUCCAUGGAUCGCCCUUAGUUCCAACGCAAACUGUACCUUCGUCACAGGCAUACAUACAAUCGCAGUCGCAACCGUCUCUGAUUUCGACGAGUUCUCAUUCCCGCCAUCCCAGUCUCACCAAGCCCCCGGGCUCCCCGGCGCCACAGUUACACAGGCAGGAUCCCGAUAUAUCCCCAAUACGCCGCGAACACAUGGGACAGCGUCCAUUUUACCAUCUUCCGGGGCAGCCUAUGAGCCUGUCCCAACAACAUCCCGUUCUGUCGCCCCCGAAGGAACCUGCCCGAACGGGACCACCGGCAGAACCGACCGAGGCCCCUCGUCAAGUACCAGCGAAACGAUCCAAUAUUAUGAGCAUUCUCAACGACGAGCCAGAAGAACCCCAACCUCGGAAACGGUUCGCCAGCGAGCAAACAACCUCCGCCGGAGGGGCAGUAUCCCCGUCGCUACCGGUGUAUUCGGGAACGUCUUCUAUGGCUCAGCCAGGACCACGUCAAGAAGAGACUCCGUUCUCUGCGCCCCAGUCCAAGCCGCUGUAUUCUCAGCAGAGUCCGUAUCUAUCGGCGUCCCGCGGGUAUUCUGACUACCAGUCGUAUGCACAGACACCCGGGAGUUCUGCGGCGCCUGCCAAUAAUGACUGGCUGGCACGGUUCGAUCCGCGUGGUCAACAGCAGCAGCAACCCGCCGGGCCACCUCCUCCGCAGCAAUCGAGUUCUCGCUCCGCGUCGACGAUGGCUCAACAGCCGACUUUCUCCCCCUACACUUCGACCCAAUCCUUGCCAGGCGCGUCUCUCCAAACUCUUACCACGCCUUCGCCUGCUCCAACUCCGUCUCCUGCGCCAUCACAGCGUCCAUCAUACCACACAUCUGUAUAUGCGCCCCCUCCAGCGUCCCAUGCGCAGACUACCGCGGCAGGGUCGCGCGAUGUCGGAGCGCAGAAUACAGUGUUCCGCCCGAGCAUCGCGUCCCCCACACCUCGCAAUGGCAGUAUCUCGUACGGCUCCCGGCAGGGGCCACCCACGCCAAUCCAAUCCCCUGCCAACCUAUUAGGGAUCUCAUCCCGCCAUCCACCAGCCACAGCCUCGUAUGCCUCACCGGCGCCCACGACAUCGUCGUCAGCACACAUGUCCAGCCAAUAUCCUGGAGCCCAUCAGACGUACCAGCAACAUGUGCAAACCAUGGUCAGUGGGGCGCAUCAACAACAAGCGCACCGUUCCUCCAUGGGAAUGCCAGGAACACAUUAUGGCCAUAGUACGCCUCCUCCAGGUCAGGUCUCGCGGUCAGGUGGCUUGCCUGGACCACCCAGUCAGGCAAUGUCUAUGGGACGCUCCUACACGCCACCUGCAAUCCUCCAGCCUACUCCAGGUGGACUUAGUUAUUCGGCCGGCGGGCCUCCCCCGACAGCUGGCUCGGUGCCCCCUCUCCAGGCACGGCAUAUGCCCGGCCCUCUGGGUGAAACAGUUUCCGGACACCAUCGGGUUUACAGUCAGGGAUCGAAUGCUGGCACACAUCCUGGGUCUUUGAACCCGCAGCAUCCGCCGCGAUAG